AUAGCAACAGUUCGGUUGCGAGUCAAAACAAUAAGAGUUAAUUCGCAGGUUAACGUUCACAGGGAGCAAAUAUUGUUUCUAAAUUAUUUUAAUUACCGGUAGCACCGUUAUCGUGUUGAGCUGUAUCGAGAAGGAUAAAAGAGUUUCAAUGAUACGGUAUGAAUUCUAAAUAAAAUACAGAACCAGAGUGCUAUCCAUGGCAGUACGUUACCGUGUAUUCCUGGAAAAACGUCUGAAAUGUUUUGGUUCGUCAUCUCUUUUCCGGUGAUUGAUUUUGAAGUGUUCGACAGUAUUCGUUUGAAUUGGAUUUUAUUUGAUGCAUCUUUGGGUAUAUAGUGCGGUUAACGAAACAAAGUUUGUUUUCCGACAUCAAUAGUUGAGUCACCCAACAAAACAGUGGAAGAAUUAAAGUGUAUAUCUAAGGAGCUUCGAGUAUCUGUAUCAGUAUACAGAAAUGGCCGAUGAAUCGUAUUUGCAUAACAAUGUCUCGAAUAGUGACGAUUCAGAAACGGAGCUUAAUAUGAGCUCACCCGAACUCAAAGGAUAUUUGAGUAAAUGGACCAAUUACAUUCACGGGUGGCAACCUCGUUUCAUUGUGCUGAAGGAUGGCACAUUGUCCUAUUACAAAAGUGAACAGGAUAGCGACUUUGGAUGCCGUGGGGCAAUCAGUCUGCAGAGAGCUACGAUCAAGUCACACGAGUUCGAUGAGUGCCGCUUCGAUGUGUCGAUUGGACAGAAUGUUUGGUAUCUACGUGCGGAAACUCCGGAAGAUAAGCGCAACUGGAUUGAAGUGCUCCAAUCCUAUAAAACUGAGUACCCGGAAACCGUUAGUCUGCGACGUCAUGGAAGUACCAUUUCACUGCAGUCUAAUACGCUCUCGACUGCCAGCGGAAGUAGUUUGAAGCGUGUCAGUCGGGGUUUGCGUGAGAAGAUGCAUGAAAUUGAAACCUACAGAGAUAUCCUGUUUGGGCAAGUCGAAACCUUGCAACGAUAUUUCGACGCUCUCCAGUUGAAAAACGAAGAUAAUACUUUGGUUGAUUUGGGUGGCGAUGAUUUGCAUCCGAUCGACUUCAAAGGAGAAGCAAUAACAUUUCGUGAAACCACUGCUGGGGUUAUCACAACGCUACAGUUCUGCUUAGAUGUUAUUUCACAGAAGGAAGAAAGCUUCAAAAAGAAGAUCGACAAGGAGAUAGAAAAGCGUAAAAAAGUUGAAGAACUCUACAGACUUUGCAAGGAUGAAUCAGCUAAAAACAGAAACUCUUCCAUUCCAGGACCAGAUUUAGAGGAAGGACCCCAUUCUACGAUUCCAGAGGAUGAAUUUUUCGACGCCGUAGAGACCGGACUUGAUAAGAUCGAGGAGGAUCGACAGUUACGCGUACGACUUAAAUUCCAAACGCAACAGUCACAAAUAAGUACGAAUAGUUCCGUUUUCACCACCAACCAAGUGACUGACGAUGAUAAGCAACAAGCGGAGGACUUUGGCACAGGUGCACAGGCUCGCGGUCACAAGCUAUGGCCCGAAAUCGACAAAAUCUGCACGGAACAGUUGUUUCAAGCUCGACAAGGCGUUGGGGAUAGUGGCAAUGGAUGGCAACUGUUUGCCGACGAGGGUGAGAUGAAAAUGUACCGACGAGAGGAGGAAGUUGACGGCAUGGUAAUUGAUCCACUGAAAUCUUGUCACGUGGUCCAGGGCGUGACGGCACGGGAAAUGUGCCACUACUUCUUCGAUCCGGCAUAUCGGAACGACUGGGAAACAACGCUGGAGAGUGUGCAGAUAGUAGACAGCGUCGCGCCGGACACGAUGGUCUUCUUGCAGACGUACAAACGUAUUUGGCCGGCCAGCCAGCGCGAUGCAUUGUUUUGGUCUCACAUGCGCAAGAUCAACGAUGAUGCAGACCCGGAAGCGCACGAUGUGUGGGUAGUGUGUAAUCAUUCCAAUCAAAAUGAAGAGUAUCCGCCCGCCAACCAAGGCAAAUGUGUUCGCAUCUACCUAACGGUGAUAUUACUAUGUCAAACAUAUCUAGCUCCUGGUAAGGACAGUAAAACUGCGACCCGUGACGAUCUUACUUGUAGGAUAACAUAUUGUUCCACUGUGAACCCAGGCGGAUGGGCUCCAGCAACUGUUCUUCGUGCUAUUUACAAAAAAGAAUACCCAAAGUUCCUUAAACGAUUCACUGGAUAUGUCAUGGAUCAGUGUAAAAAUAAACCUAUUAUGUACUAGCGGCGCGUGUGAGUGAGUGAGCAAUUGAACGAGUUAGCAUCAAGAGUAACGAGCAUAGUAACCGAUAGUCGAAUGGUAGACAAAUCUUUAUUGAAAGAUGGAAUAAAUGGAGACUUGUUAGGGUUUUAGUUAUGCAAUAGUUUGAAAAUAAUGUUUGUUUAUGGAAUGCUAACACAAAGGAGUUGUUGCUCUGUUUUGUGAAUUUUUGUUGUUUCAUUUUACUACUCAAGGAGAGUAGUGAGCUUACCAUACAAGCUCAAACCUUAAAAAUUGAAGCCUACAAUCCAAUUAUACAUCAACAGCAAAAUUUACUAUUUGUGGAGAUAGUAGGUAUGGGCUUAAUUAAAUGAAGCUUCAUUCAGGACAAUGUUCGAAUGUUUCGAUCGAUGAAUAUUGCAAGCGAUUUGAGGAAUCCCGGACAAACAGGAUGUUACGAGCUAAUAAACUUUUAUUGAAAAGUUAUUUGAUUUAAGAAUAUUUGUUCAGUAAAUAUAUAAUCAUUAUUCGA